AACGAUGAUGAUGAUGAUGAUGGUUAACAAAAGCCUUACUACUAAUAUAUAAAAUUCUAAAAAUAUGCUGAAGACAUAUAUCUUGUUAAUAAUUAUGUUUUUAUUUUUUUAUUGGAUCUUGGAAGGGUUGUUACACCAUUUACAAACACAUGCACCAAUUCUGUUCCACUUCUUUUAUUAUUAUUAUUGUUAAUCAACUAGCUAACCAUUUAACUAAUUAACUACUUGAUUGUUUCAUUAACCCAUUAGCAUUCAGAUUAUUUUGUCAAGCAUAAUGCUUAUUUAUUCAAAUUGGUUUGGUGGAGGCGCACUGGCCCAGUGGUUAGGGCUGCGGACUCGCGGUCACAGGAUCGUGGUUUCGAUUCCCUCAACUGGAACCCUCAACGUCGUAAGCGACAGAGUGCCAACAACAAACAAAUUGGUUUGAAUUAAUCCUGCAUUACCUUGCUGCUUCUAGAUUUCAUUGAUGUGAUAGGUGUGAGAGGCUAAAUUUGGUCAGUUUAAACAUAAAACACAUAGACUAUUUGGGCCUGAUAUGGCCAGUUUAAAUGCUAAAGGAUUAACCAUUUGAUCUGUCCAUCAGCUAAGUUUGUCAGAAUCCUUUCAUCACCAAUCACAAUUUCAUCAGUGGCAUGCCCUGUCCACUCCUGGUCUGCCCGUCUGCUAGUUUUCGAAUUUUGUAUUUGUAUUCAUACGAAGGUGUCGAACUAACAAUCAUUAACAAACCAAGCGAAAUGCUUAGUGAUAUUUCAUCUGUCUUUAUGUUCUAAAUUCGGCGAUCUUUACCAAAGAUCGCCCUUUUCCGUAGCACCCGCACGAUCUUCACUACGGUGUUAGGGUUAGGGUUUUAGUGUCAGGGUUAGGGUUUUAGUAUCAGGGUUAGGGUUAGGGUUACGGUUAGGGAUGGAAUCCCCUAACCCUAACCCUAUACCCUUCAAAAUAAAUCGCGCUCUCUGUAUGUCUUUCACUUUUAUGACGUCGUUUCCCUGUUUCUCUCCAACACUUUUUAUGGAAAAGGCCAAUUUUUGGUAAAGAUCACCGAAGACACUUUUUACGAAAAAGGCCGAUAUUUAGGACUCGUACUGUAAGAUCGCCCAAAUUCCACUGAAGUCCACUUUGCCUUUCAUCUUUAUAAGGUCAAUAGAAUAAGUAUCUAUUGAUCCCUGGGGUUGAUAUAAUUGACUUAGCCCCCCUCCCUUGAACUUUUCUGUCCUUGUACCAAGAUUUGAAACCAAUAUCUGUAUUCAUGGGGAUUAUUAUUUGCAUUAACUGUAUGAAUGUAAUUUCUGAAAUUACUUCCACAGAAAUGGCUUCAAGAGAGGAAUAUGAUGUGACUUCCAUGAAAAGUUUCCUGUCUGCAAAUGUGUUCAGUGUCAUAUGUGACUUAGGCGUUAGUGAUUUCCCAGAGAACAGAUGUCUACUAAAUAAUGGCUUUAUUGAUUGGAAUUACCUUGCCAAGAUUUUGCCUGCUUCAAAAGAAGAUCCAACCGAAUACUAUAGAAGCAGUAUACAGUGUUUAGCUCCUUGUUUUAAACAUCUUCAGAAUGAGCUUGGUCCAUUAACACAGUCACAGUAUAAUGAAAAGUACUCACCCUAUUUGAAAUGGACUGGGAACACUAAAUUAUUUCUGGAAAGUUUUGAACUACUUCAUGGCACAUGUCCAGUAAACUCCUUGUUGUCUUUGUUACUAGUGACCGCUCAAUUGGAAAGAUCUCUUGGAGAUGUGUAUCUGCAGAAAGGGACAAAGUGCCCAGCAAAGUUGAAAGACCUGCUUCUUACCAAUGAGCUGAGAGAAGUCUUUGGUGAAGUUAUUAUAUCAGUGUUGCAGGCUUGUAUUGGUCCUCCUGUAUCUUUGAACCUGAGGAAUAUUGCAUGGCAUGGAUUCUUCAGCCCAGCAGAGUUACCAAAACAAUAUGUCUACUUCCUGAUGGUCUUAGCGCCUAGUCUUGGCUAUGUGAUGUCAUCUAUCGAUGUGGCCAUCACACACCGACAACCUGUUGAUUUCUCAUGCCAUAUCAAAUUACUAAGUCAUCUGCUACCAGGUAAUAAGUCUAAGAACAGUGAGGACCUUUACUCUGAUAUAUUUAGAAAUACUUCUAUGAUCCCGACAUCACAUCAGGUUGUAUGGAGUAAAUGCCUUCAUCUCUACCAACAACAAAGAUAUGGUUGGUUUGUUGUACUACUUCUACCCCAGAUUGAAAGUGCACUUAGGUGCAUAUUCUGUUCUGCCAAUAACUGCAGCCACAGGAUGCUCACUGCUGAGUCAGAUGUCCUAUAUACUACCCUUAAUGAGAUUCUUUCGAAAUAUUUGUCUGAUGAAGAAGAAAAUAAUAUGAAACACAUUUUGGGCUCAACAUUGAUGGAUUUUCUUCAUGAUUUAUUUGUAUAUCCUGAAGGACCUCGACUUCGAGACAGAGUCAGCCAUGGUGAAGUAGACUUGGAUAAUUUCCCAGAAGUACUAGCUUGGACAUUGCUACAACUUGCUCUUAAUCUUGCAUACAAAUUUCUACCAAAUGAUGCUACUUUCCAGAAGGUGCAGACAGAAUUAAUUAAAGGUUUCUCGGUAUCAGACUAUGAAUCACAAUUCCAUCCAGUCAACAUAGCUAAAUGCAAGGUAGCAGAGACAUUUUCACUUACAUUCCAUGUGCAGGAAACAAAUGAAACGCUGAACAAUUUAAUGGUGGAAUGUUUCAGAUUAAAUGCAGCAAAUGAAAUCCAAGCUACUCACCUUGAUGUUGAAUCACAACAACAACAAACACCAUCAUCACUACCUUCACAACAACAACCACCAUCAUCACUGUUCACUAUAAUGGCAAAAGCAGUUGAAGUGGCUGAUAGUUUAAUGUUUCCUUGGCUCAACGACAUCUGUAAGUCAGAACUGAUCAGUUGUCUUCAGAAUUCAAGAAAUGGUCCAGUUAUCAAAGAACUGGUUUCUCAUUCUCUGAAUACAUUAUAUCUGGGACAGAAAAAACCUCAAAACACAAUGGCUUCACCUGAAAACAGCACAGUCACUAUUCAGACCAAUGAAGUUAUGUUAUUAUUACAACGGGUAUCCCAGCAUGGUGUUGAAGUACUGCAACAAACAGAAGAGAACAUCAGACAGAAAAUGGAUUUACUGAAACAGAAGAAACUGAGGUCAAGGGCCCGGGUCACUUUGAAGACAAUGGUUUCAAGUGUACCAUGUUUAUGCCUUGCUUUCCGAACCAUCAUGCUACAUAUCCUAUCAGAGAUUUACUCAAUUGAAACAUUCUUUGAAUUAACCUUACAAGAGAAAACAGCAGUUGUUAAAUGUUUAAAACUAACUUUGAAAUAUUUUGAAAACCAGAAAACUUUUACAAGUUUAGACAAGAACAGAUGGACUGAAAGCAUGGAUUCUACAUUGCUUUAUCUGGAAACUGUUUCACCCAAAUGGCUACAAAUUCAUAGAAAUUCGGUUUCUUAUUCUGGACCAAAAUGAUAAUGUCAGAACCAACAGAAUAGAGAAUGAGAAACAACCAAAACAAAUCUUCAAAGAAGUUGGAAUUUUUUUUUUUAUUUUAUUUUAUUUUAGUAAAAGAGGCAUUUGAGAAGAAUCAAAAGACAGAA